CCAUUUCGAUUAAACCAAGCAAUACCAUCGUCAGCACAUCAUUGGGGAGCUUGAGAACAAAUUACGGCACCAGACCUGCUUUGUUGCAGAACAAGGGGCAUGAGAUCCUGGUGAAUUGGAGGUGGUCGCCAGGAGAUCUUGUGAUCGGCGAGAAGACAUUCCAUCUCCGGCAGCCACUGGCACUCACCGUCCGAGCAUGAACUCUAUGGCAAAAGGUAUCCCUUGGAGUUGCACAUGGUGCACACUACUCCGGAGGGAGAAAUAGCAGUCAUUGGCAUGUUGUACGAGUUUGGUCAGUUUGCCGAUCCCCUCUUGAACCAGUUAUCGGAGGGCCUAAGAGCUCUCCAGACACAGGACAAUGUGUAUGUGGGGACUAUCCGCCCACCUCUUAUAGGUGAGAGAGAACCAUACUUCAGGUACAGUGGCUCUUUGACAACCCCACCUUGCGGUGAGCCUGUGACAUGGACGGUGAUGAAAGAGGUGAAGAGCGUAACGGAGAGUCAACUGGCGUCGCUGAGGAUUCCCGUGCAUGAUAAGGACAACGCAAGACCAGUUCAGCCCAUCAAAGGACGCAACGUGUACAAGUACGAGCCGCCGCACGAAGACCAUGCCAGCUCUUAAAGCGAAACUGUGGAUGAGCACCGCCGACGACGCACACUUCCAUGCCUGAAAAGGAUGAUGAAAUGGGGUUGCUACUUCUGCUAUGUAUAUUGCUGGGGUAGAAGCCAUCUAUCUACCAGUAAAAAAUAGUUCGUCACACCUACUAUGUAAUAUGCCAAUGUCCGUUGUCUGGAAAUAAAUGGUACAUCACGUUUGAUUACCUAAUAA